AAAAACGUAAAACAUAAGAGAGUAAGGCGCAGAGAAGGCAUGGAAAUUGUUGUCAAGAAGCUGUGUGAUGACAUUGGCAGGCUGUACCUUUUCAUAAAGUCAUCAGCAAACAACAUUGAAGCAGAGCCGCACGCAACGCAGGCGCACUCUUUGAAUCUUUGGCCAACAAGGCAUGAACAACGGGAUGAUGUAGUUUUUCCCGUAACUGCCAAUUCCCCUCCCGGCCCGUUUAAUAAACCAGCCUCCCCCAUUCCACCACAUGCCUGUCUUUUCUUUUCAGAUCUGUCUCACUUCCCAAUUCCCAACUUCCACAGCUCAUUCGAGAUUUUCUUCCCUUUCUCCUCAUAUUCUCUCUUCUCAGUUCUGAAUUCCUUCACUCCCUGUUUCCGUUCUCUUAUCUUCCAAUCCCAAAUACUUCUUCUCCUCGACCACUUCCAAACCAUUACAACUUGAGCCGAACCAUUCCACAACUGUAUCGGUCCAUUCUUCUUUUACUUUCACAUCAACGUUCUCCUUCUUCUUCUUCUCUUCUUAAUCCUUGGGUUUCGCACCACGAAAGUUCUCUUCCAUAUUCAGUCACCUUCUUGUCUCCUCUCUGCUCCCCCACUCACUUUCGCAAUUUUCCAUACAGGGGAGGAAAAAAGAAAGGAGAAACAAAGUUGGAAUCUUUUGAUCGUAGCAACUAGCAAACCGCUUUCAGUUCCACUCUUCAGUAAUACCCACUUCCCAGAUCUUGAUCUUCGUUCCCUUGCCUCUGCCAUUCUGCAAUCCAAUUCCCGGAAGCCCUAAAAGCUGCUCCCUCGUCCUAAAAUGAAGCACACCCAUUUGGUGGAAUUACUCUUAGCAUCAUCAUUUUCGGCCGCUGUCCUGCUCAUUCUCCUCGUAGUAGCCCUCCUGGUUUGCAUAAGGAGAAGGGGAAGGAAACCCCAAUACGACGUCGAAGUUACAGACCAGGAGAAUAAGAAACAGAGUGGCGAGACGACAGGGGCAGAGGAUUUGGUGAGGUUCCAAGGUGGGCAGGAGCUUACUGUCACCGACAUUCUCGACGCCCCUGGAGAAGUCAUCGGCAAAUCCAACUAUGGUACCCUUUACAAAGCCCUUCUGCAGAGGAGCAACUGCGUCAGGCUGCUUAGGUUCUUGCGGCCCGUUUGUACUGCGAAGGUUAAGGAUUUUGGUGGCGUCGUUCAGUUUCUGGGUUGCAUCCGGCACCCUAAUUUGGUCCCUCUUUUGGGGUUCUAUGCUGGCCCUAGAGGCGAGAAGCUCCUUGUUCAUCCUUUCUUCAGGCGUGGCAAUCUGGCUCAUUUCAUACGAGGCGGAAAUGGCGAGUCUCACAAAUGGACAACCAUCCACAGGCUAUCUAUUGGUAUAGCCAGAGGCUUCGACUACCUCCACACAGGACUCCAGAAGCCUGUGAUUCACGGCAACCUCAAGUCGAAGAACAUAGUCCUCGACCGCAGCGGGUCCCCUUGCAUAUCGGAUUUCGGCCUGCAUCUCCUCCUGAACCCUACAGCGGCGCAGGAAAUGCUCGAGACAUCUGCAGCCGAGGGGUACAAAGCUCCCGAGCUCGUCAAAAUGAAAGAUGCAAGCGAAGAAACUGAUAUCUACAGCCUAGGAAUAGUGUUGCUCGAGCUGCUCUCGGGGAAGGAACCGGUGAAUCCGAAUCCCACUCCCGAUGAUGAAUUUUACCUUCCGACAUCAAUGCGAAACGCAGUGCUUGAUCGUAGAAUCGCAGACAUUUACCAUCCGGACAUUCUUUUAGACAGUGGGAGUGAGAGUGAGAAUUCUGUCAGGGAAGAGUGCAUAUUCAAGUUCUUUCAGCUUGCAAUGUCUUGCUGUUCCCCUUCUCCUUCUCUUAGACCCAACAUCAAGCAAGUGGUGUGCAAGCUCGAUGAGAUGGGAAGAUAA